AUGAACGCUCUUUUUGAAGAUGCUCAAUUUUUCGGAGCGUCCCUCUGCAUCACGAUUAUCAUCAACUUAUCGGUCUCGAUAUUUUGCGGAUUUCUAUACCGUGCCCUCGUAUUAGCGCAGGAUCCUUGGAUUCUCUCGUCGGACAAAACGCUAUUUCGGUUCAUGGCAGCCAUGCACCUCCAAGGGCUGCCUGGUUCCGUCCUGUUUUAUCUCGCCAAGCCCCCGAAGCCAUUGUUAAAUGAAUAUUUUUGCUUUCACGUGAAAAACGGCCAAGAAAUCCUCGACACCGGCUAUGCCGUGCUGGUGAUGAGCCCCGAAUUGAAUUCUUUCAUCGUCCCGACGGUGAUAUCAUGGGGAUGUUGCCGAGAUAAGGUAGUCAACCGG